AUGUACUAUCAGUUUUCUUUUUUAACUUAUAUUCCAGAUUUCCAGCAGCGUCAACAACAAAGAGAAGCAGAGAAAGAAGUAGAAGACGAAGAAGAAAGGGAGAGGCAAUGGAGGAAAGAGUUUUUGCCAUUAUUAUACAAAAACGGUACCCUGGACUACCUGGUACAACAAUCGAAGCUGCCUGAAGUAAAUCCACUACUUCUGAUUAAACGUUCUGGUAGCAAGUAUCAAGCAUUUUAUAACGAAAUACUGGCGAAAAAACAUCCUCAAUUUUAUCAAAAACUGAUGCGUCAUUCGAACAUUGCAGAGCCAACUGGAGUCAUCACCAAUUACAUUCGGAUGAAGUACCCGUGCGAAUUCGAUAUAGGGAGAUUAUCGUUAACCCGCAUUCAGUUUUUGUUGGUGGAAAUUAUUGAUAGAGUAAAUAAAAAAAGCGAUGUAAAGACCAUAAAUGAUAAUAUAUAGUAGUCUUCAUC